AUGAUAUGGAAAAUUCUCUUUGGACUUAUGGUGGCAUUGUCCUUCACGUCUAUUUUUAAAAUGAUCAUGUUCCUUGACUAUCACAAAACCCAGUGGAACCACAGACCAGGAAAAUGUCACAUCGUGGAAGGAAUAGAGCAUGGAUCUGAGGACAUGCAAACCACCCAGUCUGGUUUAACUUUCAUCACUUCUGUAAUAAAUGCCGUGUUCUUUGGAUCAGUCUAUCAGGAAUAUUACAAGAAAAACAAUGUCAGAGGGUGGAUCAUGCUGUUUAACAUGGAGAAACCAGAAGAUGGGGUGAAGGAACUGAGGAUCGUUGGAAACGAUUUUAAUCACCAAGAUUUCGUUGUGCAUGGUAUCAGUGUUUUUGAGGAAAAAGGUAAGGUGCUUCUUUUUGUUGUGGUACAUCGAGCAAAGGAAGACACUGUGGAAAAAUUUGAGUUUCUGGAAAAGACCUUAGAAUUAAAACAUCUCAAAACUUAUACAGGAGCACUUGUUCACAUACUGAAUGAUGUAGUGGCAACAGGACCAGAUACAUUUUAUACAACAGAUUGUGCUUAUUAUCGCAAUUCUUUAGGACAUGUUUUGGAAGGCAUGCUGGGAUUGCACUUCGGUCAUAUUCUCUACUGUGAUGGCAAAGAAUUCGAAAUAGUUUCAGAAGCAACGUAUUUUCCUAAUGGGAUUGCUGGCUCAAAUGAUGGAAAACUUGUGUAUGUAGUAUCCAGUUUGGGUAAAAUGUUGCUGGUGUACAAGAGAGAGGAAAACAACAGACUUACUAAAGUAAAUAACAUUGUGCUUGAUACCUUCCCAGACAAUCCGAUGGUUGAUCCUACAACAGGUGACGUGCUCCUUGGAUGUCAGCCCAUAGGACAUAAAGGCUUACAGCAUGUCUCUAAUCCAGUUAACCCAGGUGUGUCGCAGGUGUUGGUGGUACACAUGGACAAGAGUGGUGUUAAUAUGACAGGGGUCACGGAGCUGUUCUCAGAUGACCUUGAACUUUAUGGUUCCAGUUCAGCAACAUUAUAUAAGAACCGUAUGUUGAUUGGUACAGUGUGUCACAAAAUGAUGUACUGUGAAGUUAACACAUUGUGAGAAGAACAAUUGAUAUUCACCCAUAUACGACAUAUAGAAUGGUUAUGAGUUUGACCCCUUUACAAUUUGCUAUAUUGAGCUCUCUCUGUUAGCUGUAACAUGUGUAAAUAAAAUGCAGACAAUCACAUUGGUUAAGGUUUUACUUUUCACACCAUCUUCUUCAACAAUCCCCUUUAUCUCAUAAGAUACUGGAAAAAUACACUUACUAUGGUAUUGCGAUUUUUCAAACCUUAGGAUGACAACCUGAUUACAAACCGGGUAUAUGAAUAAGGUAGUGUUUUGUGCAAUACGAUUAUUGUGACUCGGUCAGAAGAUGUGAUAGUACAGUGAUCCCCUGUUAUAACGCCAACAUUUGUACCUCGGCAAUUUUGGCAUUAUCACGGGGGUGGCAUUAUAUCGGGGAAGGGUGUGUGUGUAUGUGUACAGCUGUCAUAAGAAAUCAAACAAAUCUUAUCUACUACAUCAAUGUGCUAUUAGAUUUCGGUGUGUCCACCAUACUCAGAUUUGGAAAAAAAAAUACUGCAUAUUUGAACUCAGAUGCAUAUGAUUAUCGUUUACGUAACUUAUUAUCUGUACCAAACUUUGAUACCUGGAGAACUAACGGCGGAUAAUUGGUUAAGCCUGCUCACUGAAAUUUUCCUGCCGUUGAUUGGCGAUAAUGAGCGGGGGUGAUUAUAACGGUAAUUGACCAAAUCGUACCUGUAAAUAGGUUGACGGAUGGCGGUAUGCGGGGGAUGGCGUUAUAACAGGGUUUUACAUAGCGAGGAAAACGGGACUUUGAACUUUUUUGGCGAUAUGCGAGGGUGGCAUUAUAACGGGGGGCAAUAUAGCGGGGGGAUCACUGUAUAUGUACACAUAUAUUCUAUUAUUUCUCUUAUAGACAAAUACCGUACUUCUCAUAGUAGGUGCCUUGAGUUUAUUUGGACUUCCUAAAACUAAACGUUUUGAAAUGGAAGAUUGAGCAUACUCUGUAAACGUUUUGAAUUGACGUUUACAAAGCUAAGACACAACUGUAUACUUCAUUACGGUCUUUAUAAACGAAAUAUUACAAAUUCAUCGGUUUUUGUUUUUACAUGUCAACAUAUCAACAAAGAUGUAUACACGUAUAUCAUCUCUUUUUCGCUUGUAGAAUUACCCUAGAGCUAGAAAUAAUCCUUUUCAUCCUUGACUUGGCCAAUAUUGAUAUAAAUUUGUUAUUAUGCGGUGAUGUCAGUUUGCCUCUGGAAACUAAUAUGAAUAUGUUUUCAAUAUGUUUUCAGCUAUUCAUAAAUUUAUAGAAGAAACUUUUGGACUCGUUUAAUCAUUGUACAUUGCACCUGUUAAUUAUUACCUUGCAUGACAUAUUGUAAUAUUUUAGGAGAGGGACGUGUACGUUGUUAGAACUUGUUCCAAAUCCUUUUGAUUCGA